AUGUCCUCCUUGCAGCUUACUGAUGCAGAAAAGCUUCUCCUUACAGAGCCUUCAACAACCAGGUCUGGGAAAGUGCGACAAAAACAGCAGAAAAAAGGGGAUAUUGAAAAAGAUGCAAUUGUUAGUGACAUUGAAAAUGAGGAAAAGAUGGAUACAAGCAAUGACACAUCUGCAGAAAGUGUAGACCCACCGCCACCAGAAAAUAUAGACCCACCACCAUCAGAAAGUAGGGAGCAACCACUACCAGAAAUGCAGGGGAUAAUUGUAAGCCAUGCCCUGGUACAUGACAGUACUUCUGACGAUGAUGAUGGUUCAUACAUGUCCUCACCAUCCCCACCACCUCCAGUAGAUUCCUCAUCAGGGAGUGAAAUAGGUGGUUUUUCAUCUGAAGAUGAAGAGAUGGCACGGUUAAGAUUACGUAACCACAAUGCCAAAUUUAUAGAAAACACCUGGAAAACAGUAUAUACUGAACCAGCACACUACUCUGAGUCUGAAGACGACAGUAGUAGGAUAGAUGAUGAUGGAUGGAGUACAAUGCUAAAAAAACGCCAUACACAGCCCUUCACUGGUAACACACCUGGACCAAGCAUUGAUUUGGGUGAGGGUGCAAAACCCAUUGAUGCUUUCUAUUCCAUCUUUCCAAGAUCCCUGGUGAAAAGAUUAUGGAAAGAAACCAACAGUUAUGCAACCUGGUGCAUCACUAAGAAUGGAGGGAAUAGAUUCUGGUCUCCAGCUAGCACUGAAGAAAUAAGUGUACUGAUUGGAAUAAUUGCCAUCAUGGGUGUUGAUUCAAAACCAGAGAUAGCAGCUAUAAGAAAUGACUACAUUGCCAAUGUUAUGAGCCGCAACAGGUACCAAAAACUGAUGCAGUAUUUUCACUGUAACAACCCAGAAACUGACCCAAUGAAUAUAGUCAAUGAUGAAGAACGCAGAGAAAGGAGAAAAGAAGCGCCUCUGUAUAAAGUACAGCCAGUACUGGAUGCUGUCUUCACCAAUUCCCGGGAAUGUUACAACAUGCAUCGCCAGAUUAGCAUAGAUGAAUCUAUUGUUGGCUACAAGGGUCGUUAUGGAGGAGUACCUACAGUUUUUAUCCAGGGAAAACCCCAUGCUAAGGGAUUCAAAAUAUAUGCCUUGGCUGAUAGCAAAUCAGGCUACAACUACAGGAUUGAGAUCAUGUCAAUUACUGGUAGUCAUGAGAAGUAUAGAAGGGAUGUGUCCAGAACAAGAGAUCUGUGUGAAAGGCUUAUCGUUGACAUUAGGGGAUGCCAUCAUGUCCUGUACACUGACAGUUAUUAUACCAGUGUAGACAUGGUGAGUUACCUGCUAGAAAAUCAUGAAAUAUAUGUGGUUGGCAGCGUUAGGCAAGAUAGAGUGGGAUUUCCAAAUGCCCUCCGUACCAACCCCAAGAAAAAUUCAAAUCACAAGGCAAUAACAAAUUUAGAGAGGGGACAGUUUGUAUCCAGACAAAAGGAUACAGUGGUGGCUAUAUCAUGGAAGGACUCCAACCUCCUGAAUAUACUGACAACAUACUAUGAGGGCUAUAGAACCGAGAAUCAAAGAGUUACCCGUUUUGUGCGCUCACCAGAUACUGGCAGGAAAGUAGCAUACUCUUUACCUUCCCCAGAAGCAAUUUAUGACUACAAUCUGUACAUGGGUGGAGUUGACAAGUCAAACCAACUCAGGUCCUAUUAUACAGCCCAGCGUCAGUCAAAGAAAUGGUGGAAGUAUAUUUUUUUCUACCUUCUGGAUACUGCUAUAUGCAACAGCUGGAUCCUGUACAAAGAAUCAGUGGAUCCAAAGAAAAUGCACAAAGCCUUCCAAAUUGAAGUUGGCAUGGCACUGGUUGGUGGUUUUUCAUCCCGAAAACAGCAUACCAGAAAUUCUGAACCUGUGAUCAGCUCAUUCAAAAACCACCAUUUAGUACAUAGUCAGCGCUCCCGUGGCUCAUCCUGCAGAUGGUGCAUUCAGUUAGGGAGAAAAACAAGGAAAGGUUGCCCUGUAUCGACUGUGUUCAGAUGUCAGGAGUGUAGCAUCAACCUAUGCAAGGGCUGUUUUCUGCCCUACCACCAUGUGGCCACAGGUUGCCCAGACAGACCCAAGACAACACAGACCAGUGAAAAUGAUCUUCAUGAGUCCAGAAAAAGAUGGGAUCAUGGCAGGAGUGAUGGUACAGCAGUCAGAGGUGGCAGAGGAGGCGGCAGAGUUGGAACAAGGGGAAGAAGAAGAGGAGGAAUCAGAAAAGUCUGA